GUGUGUGUGAUUAAAAUUGUUGCUUUUGUAGUUUGAUCGCAGCAAUCGGCACAAAGCAAAAGAAAAAGAACACAAAAAAAAAAUAUUGCCAAAAAUAUAAAACUAACAUCCAAAAACGCACAACAACAGUGACAAGAAUAACGAUGGAGAACAACGAGUCCCCUGCCCCCUCCGGUUCCAAUGCCAAUGAUUUUCCCAUACUUCCGCCGCCGCCCAAUGACAACAACAACUACAACAACAACUAUAACAUCAAUCCCAGCAAUAACAAUGCAUCCCAAAAGCGUCUACAACAAACGCAGGCCAAAGUCGAUGAAGUUGUUGGCAUAAUGCGUGUAAAUGUGGAAAAAGUAUUGGAACGCGAUCAGAAGCUAUCAGAAUUGGGUGAACGUGCCGAUCAAUUGGAACAGGGUGCCUCACAAUUCGAACAGCAGGCUGGCAAAUUGAAACGUAAACAAUGGUGGGCCAAUAUGAAAAUGAUGAUCAUUCUGGGAGUGAUUGCCGUUGUGCUGCUCAUUAUAAUCUUAGUAUCAAUUUUGCCAUCUAGUAGCAGCAGCAGCAGCGAUAAUCGUGUAGCCGCUGUCACUGAGAAGCCCCAAUAAAAAAAUCACAUCCAAAAUAAGCCCAGCACAAAUGGAUCGUUGGAGGAGAAUUAUAUUGCAAAGAAAAUCCCAUUUAACCCAAAAAGUAAACUAAAAUGCCUUUAUGUAUUUGGCCUUAUGCGUGUAAAACUAAAAAAGAAAACUGUGUCUAAACAAAAAAAACGUAUAUUUUGAUAAACUAAAAUGUAAUAAUUAAACAAAAAGGAAAACAACUAAUGUUAAAGUUUACAAUUGUUUUGUAAUAAGGAAAAAGCAAACAAACGCACAGCAAAAAUAUUUAUAUACACAUACACACACAC